GUUUACAUUUGCUUCCGGUUUAGGUUGAUUUAGAUUAACGUUUAGUUCUUGUUUGGUCAUCAGUUUGCAUAUUUAUUUGUAAAAAUACCAAUCAGCGAAGUUAAAAAUCUUACAACCAAGCAAAAUAUAACAAAAGUAAAGUUUAUUAAACAAAAUAUUCAUUGUCAUUCUUCAAUUUACUUAUGCCGCGUUGUAUAGUACCUGAAUGUGCCUCUGGGUACGAUUCAAACAAAGAAACAAUUCAUUACUUCUAUGUACCGAAAAAUGAAGCUGCAAAAAAAUUAUGGCAAGCAGCUUUGGAAAGAGAAAAUUUUAUCAUUAAGCCAAUGCAACCUGUAUGUGAGAAGCAUUUUUUACCUGGAGAUAUUUUAUGGAGUCGCAUUACCUAUAGUGAAGAGGGAAAUGUUCUUAGCGAGUCUGUACCAUAUAAAACUCCACGUUUACGUAAAGGUGCUGUACCGAGACAACACUCCGGGAUAAAAGAAACACAAAUCAAGGAUAAAGAAGAAGAAGUAUCUAAUACUCAUAAUAUUGAGAAUAUUGAAACAUAUAUUAGAGAAAGAAGCAAUAAUUUCAUGCCGUUAUCAUUUAAUGAUAUAAUAAAUAUCUUAGAUAAUAAACAGUUGCAUAUUCCAAGUCACUGGACGUACAUUCAAUACUUGAAUGAUGGUAUGAGGUUGCUGGCGUUCUUUUUACCAACAUGCAGCACAAUUGAAAAUUAUAAAGACAGGUACACUAUUAAUCCAUUCAAAGAAGUAAUACUGAAGGAAAAUAUGACACUGGAGAUAAAUAUUUUAAAGAAGCCUGUUACGAAUAUGCCAUUGGAUAUGCAAAUACAUGGCACUAUUGAGAAUGUAGAGCAAUUAAGAGAAUCGUUGUUUUCUGUGGACAGUCAUAACAUAUGCUUAGGUGUAGUCAAUAUUGCUAACGAAAUUGAAGAUCAUGUACAGGAUCUGGCUUUUAAAGACAUUUGUGGUAGAUGGAGACACAAAGAGUGUUUAUUAUUGAUACCACAUUUAUUAGAAGUAUGCAAUUUUUGCUCAGGUAUUAAAGACACUUUUGCUCAAAAACCAAAAGUCGUUCAGCAAAGACGAUCAAAUCGAUUAAAAGAAUUAAUUUAAUUAUGAUUGUGUUCGCUGCAAAAUGUCAAGAUACUCUUUUUAUUUUUACUAAUUCCGUUAAAUUUAUAAGUAAAUAUAUAUAUUUUUAUGAUAAAUAAUUUCAU